UGGCUGAAUUUUGCGUAUGUGUCUUAUCUUUUUAGUCAUUUAAUAAAAAAAAGGAUAUAUGACUGUAUAUACGAUAAGCAUUCGAUCAGACUCCACUCACAAAUAUGUUUCCACCUACUUACGUCGAAGGGUUUCAUGACCCUGAAGCAGUAAAAGCUAUGGAAUACAAAGAGCUUGGGAAAACGGGGCUGCUUGUAAGCAAAUUGGCAUUUGGUUGUGGUCCACUCGGUUGUCAUUAUGGCACGUACGAUGAAGCGGAUGCUAUCGAGGCUGUACGUCGAGCGAUAAAGCAAGGCAUCAAUUAUAUCGAUACAGCACCGUGGUAUGGUCAAGGCCGAUCCGAAGCGACACUCGGAAAAGCAUUAAAGGGAAUCCCGCGUGAGGCUUAUUAUAUUGCAACAAAAAUCGGCAGAUAUGAAUUAGAUUGUGAUAACAUGUUCAAUUUUACCAUCGAGAAAACUCGAGAGAGUUUUAAGAAAAGUUUAGAAUGGCUGGGAGUAGAUUAUGUCGAUGUUAUUCAGGUUCACGAUAUAGAAUUUGCACCUUCAUUAGAUAUAAUAGUUACACAAACCUUGCCGGAAUUGUCGAGACAAGUGGCCGAGGGUAGAGCCAAACAUAUAGGUAUAACUGGAUAUCCAGUAUCCAUAUUGAAGGAAUGUAUCGAGAAAAGUAAUAUAAAUAUAGCCUGUAUACUGAGUUAUGCAAGACUCACUCUCAUUGAUGACACUUUACUAGAAUAUGUUCCAUUCUUCAAGAAACACAAAAUUGGUCUAAUUAAUGCUGCCACGCUGUCUAUGGGUCUUCUAACGAAUAAUGGCCCGCCAAGUUGGCACCCGGCUUCCGAUGAGACGAAAAAACAAUGUGUAAACGCUGCACAAUACUGCCAGGAACGUAACGUGGAGUUUGCCAAACUAGCAAUAUGGCACUCUAUGCAAUAUACAGAUGUAGAUACAAAUCUAGUUGGAAUACAAACUACAAAACAGUUGCAAAUGAAUCUAGAUGUAAUACGAAAUGGCAUUACGGAGAAGGAAAAGGCAUUGUUAAAGGAAAUUCAAGUAUCAUUUCUAUCGGCAGUGAAGAAUCAACAUUGGGAAGGUAAAGAGAUUCGCAUAUACCAAGAAGUUAUCAAGAACAAGAUAUAAGAAAAAUAUAUUUUAUUUUCAUUAUCUAUGUAUCAUUAAUAGAAUGUUAUAACGUGUUUAACAAUAUAUGAAAUAAUGAUUAUUUCG